AUGCUAAUUAAUUCUGGAAAUGUUUCUAUUCUUUCUUUUACCUCUUUGUUCUUCUUACUCAUCUGUUCAUCGUUUCGUCCAAUAGCAAAUCGUAUUAAGUCCAUUCAAAUUACUGGGAACUUUGAUAAUUGGUCCAGAUCCUUACCAACUCAAUCUAUCGAACAAAUUAAACAAAAUAAUUAUACAUACACUCAGAAGAUUAAAUUACCUACUAAAGAAAAAUUAAUAUUUAAAUUCGUUGUUAAUGAUUCAAAUUGGAUUACAAACCAGAACUUAUUUAGAACUGAACAUGAUUCAAGUGGUGUAGAAAAUAAUGUCAUUGAUUCUGAUAAAUUAAUUGAAUUUCAUGAAUUUGAACAAGCUCCAGUUGAAGCUUCUCCUGCUGCUACUUCUGCUGCCCCAGCUCAAACUGAAUCAGAAGAAACUUAUGAUGAAGUAGUCACUGAAAAGGAUUUCCCUGCUGAAUCUCCUGUUGUAAUUGGUACUGAAGAUGAUGGCUUGCUUUCUGAUUAUGAAGCCAAAUCUCCAACUUCUACGAGUACUAAUACGUUCGCUGCAUCAAAAUCGAACACUGAUAAUUUAACUCAAGUUUUAACUGGUUCUUCUUCAUUUGCUGCUGUAUCAAUUCCGAGUUCUAGUAAUUCUACUAACGAUUAUGAAAAUCUCAAUCACAAUUCAAAUAUUGAUAACGUCAUUGAUGAUUUUAGUACUCCUACUAAUUCAGUACUUAAUUCAACUGUAUUACCUGAAAGAUCUCAACAAACCGUAAAUAAGCCUAAUUUAUUAUCAAUAAAUUCAGAAUCAACAUUAAGUAAUGCAUCCAAUGUACCCAAAGAUUCAGUAUCAAGUGCUGCGGAUGAUGACGAUGUGGUUGAAAUAUUAAAGGCUCCUGGUGGUUAUCCAACUACCCCUGAGAAAUCAAUCCCUAACAGUAAUUCGGCAGCUUCUACUGCAAUUCCAAGUAGAACAGCCGACAAGACUAGAAGAGGUGAAAAUCUUAUUUCUAGAUUCAAAAGCUUAUUCAGAUAUUAA